AUGACCAGCUGCGUUCUUUCCUCCGCCGCGUCCCUCGCUGGCUGCCAAAUUGCGGCUCCCCGUCAACAGCAGACUGUCAGGCGGUCAGUCGCCGCCGUCCGCUGCGAGGCGGCGUCAUCGGAGGACAAGCACGUCGUGUCCCGGCGAUCAGCCGCUGCUUUCGGCCUAGCUGCGCUUCUCGCUGCCAUCCCCGCGUCUUCCGCUUCCGCUAAAGACAUCCCUCUUUUCGGCAUUAGGAGGAAGGCUGUUGAGGAGGAGCCCGCUGCUGCUCCAGUGGCUGCUCCCGCGGUUGCCUCGUCUCCCGCUGCUCCCGUUGUUGCUCCCUCCGUCGGUGUCCCAGUUACGUCAGAGAGCGACAUUCCCGCUGAGACCCAGGCUGUCGCCGUUGCUGCCGUGGAGGUCGUUGCUGUGCUUACCGCUGGCGCCAUCGUCAAGUCGGUGUUCUCGUCCCUGCGGCACGUUAGUCAUAGGGGGAAGGGCAACGGGAAGGGGAAGGGGAAGGGGAAAGGGGUCGCGGAUGGGGGAGGAGGGGGCGCGGAGGGCGAGGGGGAAGGGGGCGGAGGGGGAGCGGAGGAUGAGGAGAUGCGGAAGUUUCUGGCGGAGGUGAAACGGGCAGAGGCGGAAGCAGCUGCUGCGAAACGAGCAGCGAGAAAGAGAGGGCGGGUGGUGGCGGCUUUAGCCCAUGGUGCUGAUGCUGAUAUGGAAGAGGAAGAAGAGGAGGAAGAGGAGGAUGAGGGGGAGGAGGAAGGGGAGGGAGAGGGAGAGGAGGGUGAAGAGGCAGGAGAGGGGAAGGGGGAAGGGAGGAAGGGGCAGGAAGGUGGAAAUGAGGAUGUGGAAAUGACUGCUGGAGACGAACAAGAGCAACGGCAGCAGCAGGGGCAGGAGAAAGGGGAGGGGCAGGGGCAGCAAGGGCAGGGGCAAGCGGAGGAGGGGGAUCCAGCAGAAGGGGAUCAGUUUGAGGAUGAUGACGGCACGACAUACCGAUGGGAUGCCCGCAUGCGCGUGUGGGUGCCUCUGGGGGAAGAAGGAGCAGCAGCAGCAGCAGCAGCAGCAGCAGCAGCAGCAGCAGGAGCAGGAGCAGCAGGGGCACCAGAUGCAGCAGCAGGGUUACCAGGUUACGACCCAGAGCAGAUGGUAUUCGUAGAGGACGAGGAGGUUAUUCCGUCUCUAGACGCUGUCAUUGCUGCUGCUGUUGCUGAGAGGGAGCGAGCAGAGGCGAGCGAGGAGGAGGAGAUGGGGGCGGGGCGAGGGGGGAAUGAGGAGCGUGGCCAACAACGAGCCAAACGAGUGGUGGCCAAUAACGAGCCAAACGAGUGGUUUGAGCUGAAAGUCAAUACGAGUGUGUAUGUCACCGGCCUGCCUCAUGACACCGACGAGGACGAGGUGGGGGAGGUGUUUUCCAAGUGCGGGCUUAUCAAAGAGGAUCUGGACACGGGCAAGGCACGGGUGAAGCUGUAUCGGGACAAGGCAACGGGCGAGCUCAAGGGGGAUGGGCUCAUCACAUUCCUCAAGCCGCCUUCAGUUGACCUAGCUCUCAAGAUUCUGGACGGCACUCCUCUGAGACUAGGAGACAAGCAGCCUAUGUCUGUGACUCUGGCCAAGUUCGAGCAGAAAGGCAAUGUGUUUGUAAAGAAAGCGAGUGACAAGAACAAGAAGAAGAAACUCAAGAAGCUCGAAGCGAAGGUGCUCGGAUGGGGCGGAUCCGACAACGCCAAGCACACCCUGCCCAUGACGGUUGCUCUCUUCCACAUGCUCACACGCGACGAGGUGGUCAAUGACCCCUCACUGCCGGUGGAGCUGGAGGCGGAGGUGCGCGAGGAGUGCGCCAAGAUGGGGGUCGUUGAGAGGGUCAAGGUGUACCCCAAUCAUCCAGACGGUGUAGUGACAGUGAGGUUCAAGGACAAGGCAGCUGCGUUCAAGUGCAUAGAAGUCAUGCAUGGGCGAUGGUGA